ACAGCCCUACUAGGGUGAGGGUGGGUGGUGUCAGGCUCUGGCGUGAAAAUGUUAGAACCCACCGGCGAGCAGGAUUUCUGCAAUGAGAGGUGCCCGUUGUUUGUUUAGGGGAGCAGGGAGCCCGCAGUGACGCGGGGCGGGGAUGCUUGACCAUUUGUUUUUCUUCUAGCCAGUCCCUGGCUGUCUCUGCUCCCCCUCCCCCCAUCCCUUUACCCCACCCCAAAGCGAGUGGGAGAGCUACGGCAGCGGCGGCAGCAUCACUCCCCCAGCCGCCGCUGCUCCGCCCCAUCCCCGUCUGUUUUUCUCUCUCAUUCUCGGUUGGCGGCGGCGGCGGUGGUGGUGGCUGCAACGGCAGCAGAAGCAGAAGCAGCGCUGCAAUGAAUGACCCUCCACCCUGGGGAGAGGACUGUAGGUGAGCGUCUCUACACACAGAAGGGCCAUGAAGGAUCCCGGACCGCAGCUGUCCAGGACCUCCGGCUCUCCCAGUCCACUGCCAUAGAACGCUGGAGAGGAGGAGGAGGAGGAGGAGCAGACCAGAUCCCUGCCGCCCACCCCCAUCCUAUUUUCUUCUUUCUUUAUCUCAUUGUUGCUGUUUACAGCCCUGGGUCCCUUCUUCUCAGCAUGGGCUGUGCUCCGGGAGCUGCCUCCUGGCAGGCGAUGCUGCUCCUGUUGCCGCUGCUCCUGCUGCUGCCUGGUCAUUCUGCCUAAUCCCCGUCCCCAGCCAGGGGUGGUGCAAGCGAAGAGCGGAGAGCUUUGGAGGCCAGGACUGCAGCAGCUGGCGGCCAGGCAGGCGGGAGCGGCAGCCACCACCCUAGCUAGCAUCCCUCCCUCACCCAAGGAAGCUGCAUGCACGUUGAGGAGCAGCCCCAGUGGGCCGGGACAGCCCGGUGGAUCCAGACUUAAGGGCAGGCAGACAGCCAGGCUGAUUGAGUGAGGGGGGUGGGGCGGGGGCGGGGGUGGGAUAGGGACCUGGGCUGGGGGAAAAGAGCUUGCUGUGCAGAAUGGCCAAUAAAGCCAAGCCCAGCGAGGCCCUGAAGGUGGUGGCCCGGUGCCGCCCCAUGAGUAGGAAAGAAGAGGCUGCUGGCUAUGAGCAGAUUCUGGAGAUGGACGUGAAGCUGGGCCAGGUGACCCUUAGGAACCCUCGGGCUUCCCCUGGAGAGCUUCCCAAGACUUUUACCUUUGACGCUGUAUACGAUGCCAGCUCUAAGCAGGCUGACCUAUACGAUGAGACCGUGCGCCCACUCAUAGACUCGGUGUUACAGGGCUUCAAUGGCACUGUUCUCGCCUAUGGCCAGACGGGCACCGGUAAGACCUACACCAUGCAGGGCACCUGGGCUGAGCCAGAGCAACGAGGAGUCAUCCCGAGUGCCUUUGAGCACAUCUUCACUCACAUCUCCCGUUCCCAGAACCAGCAGUACCUGGUCAGGGCCUCUUACCUGGAGAUCUACCAGGAGGAGAUCCGGGACCUGCUCUCCAAGGAGCCAGGCAAGAGGUUGGAGCUGAAAGAGAACCCAGAGACCGGAGUCUACAUCAAGGAUCUCUCUUCCUUUGUCACCAAGAAUGUCAAAGAAAUAGAGCACGUGAUGAAUCUGGGCAACCAGGCCAGGGCUGUGGGCAGCACCCACAUGAACGAGGUCAGCUCCCGUUCCCAUGCCAUAUUUGUCAUCACAGUGGAGUGCAGCGAGAGGGGUUCUGAUGGCCAGGAACACAUCCGGGUGGGCAAGCUAAAUUUGGUAGACCUUGCAGGUAGUGAGCGUCAGGGCAAAGCAGGCACCAACACAUCCGGAGGGGCAGCUACCCAGCCUUCAGGGGGAGGGGGUGGCACCGGGGAAAGGCCCAAAGAAGCAUCAAAAAUCAAUCUGUCCCUUUCUGCACUGGGGAAUGUGAUCUCAGCCUUGGUGGAUGGCAGGAGUACCCACAUCCCCUACAGGGACUCCAAGCUGACCCGGCUGCUUCAGGACUCUCUCGGGGGCAAUGCCAAGACCAUCAUGGUGGCCACCCUGGGCCCGGCCUCACACAGCUACGAUGAGAGCCUCUCCACCCUGCGCUUCGCCAACCGGGCCAAGAACAUUAAAAACAAGCCUCGGGUGAACGAAGAUCCCAAGGACACGCUCCUUCGGGAAUUCCAGGAGGAGAUUGCCCGCCUGAAGGCUCAGCUAGAGAAGCGGGGGCUGCUGGGUAAGCGCCGGAGAAGCAGCCGCAGGAAGAAGUCACUGGCCAUUGAGGGGUACCCAGAGGGUUCUGUGACUGAGGCCUGGGUUGCUGAAGAGGAAGAUGACAACAACAAUAACCACCGACCACCCCAGCCUACUCCAGAGGUCCCUCUGGAGAAGAAUAUGGAGAAUUAUCUACAGGAGCAGAAAGAAAGACUGGAGGAGGAAAAGGCAGCUAUACAAGAUGACCACAGCCUGGUCAAUGAGGAGAAGCAGAAAUUGUUGGAGGAGAAGGAAAAGAUGAUUGAAGACCUGAGGCGGGAGCAGCAAGCCACAGAGCUCCUGGCCAUCAGAUACAAGGCAAUGGAGAGCAAGCUGCUAAUUGGAGGCCGAAAUAUUAUGGAUCAUACCAACGAGCAACAGAAAAUGUUGGAGCUGAAAAGGCAAGAGAUUGCUGAGCAGAAACGCAGAGAGCGGGAAAUGCAGCAGGAGAUGUUGCUGAGGGAUGAAGAGACCAUGGAGCUCCGGGGCACCUAUACCUCUCUGCAACAGGAGGUUGAAGUCAAAACCAAAAAACUCAAGAAGCUCUACGCUAAGCUGCAGGCAGUGAAGGCAGAAAUCCAGGACCAGCAUGAUGAGUACAUUCGUGUUCGGCAAGACCUGGAGGAAGCACAGAAUGAACAGACCCGGGAACUCAAGCUCAAAUAUCUGAUCAUUGAAAACUUCAUCCCUCCUGAGGAAAAGAACAAGAUUAUGAAUCGUCUUUACCUGGAUUGUGAGGAGGAGCAAUGGAAGUUCCAGCCCCUGGUGCCAGCUGGAGUCAAUAACAGCCAAAUGAAGAAACGGCCAACCUCAGCAGUGGGCUACAAGAGACCUAUCAGCCAAUAUGCCCGGGUUGCCAUGGCAAUGGGGUCCCAUCCCAGAUACAGGGCAGAGAACAUCCUAUUCCUGGAACUGGAUGUGUCCCCUCCAGCCGUCUUUGAGGUUGAAUUCUCUCAUGACCAAGAACAAGAUCCCCGGGCGCUGCACAUGGAGAGGCUUAUGCGUCUGGACAGCUUCCUUGAAAGACCUGCCACCUCUAAAGUCCGAAAGUCCAGGUCCUGGUGCCAGAGUCCUCAGCUGCUGCCCUCUUCCACAUCGCAUGUCCCACUGGCCUCCACUUCUCUGCGCCCCUCUACAAUGCUGGCCCAUGAGUGACGACCCGCGAGGACCACACUGCCUGCCCCCACAGACCCGGGGGAUACGGGCAGCCAGCCUCAAAACAUCUCAUCUGCGGCUCUGUGUGUGUGCAUGUGUGUGUGCGCGUGUGUACGUGGGUGUGGGUGUAUGAGGGGGAGAGACUCCAGCAGAAUGUCCCCCUGCCUUCAGUUGUUAGCCUCCCUUAUUUAUUUAAUGUUAUUUAUUCAUGGAGCGCAGCUGGUAUGGGGGAAAUGACCUUCACCGAGGCCUCUGGGCCUGGCAGCAGUCUCUGGGCAGCUUCCUUUCCCUCUUGCCAGGACCUCUCAGAUGGGCCUCAAGCCAGGGCCCGUGUGGGCUGCCUCUUGAAGGGAAGGCGGCCAGUGCCUGAGAAAGUGUUCUUUGCUACACAUCCCAUGCCGUGGUCUCCAUCUCCUGUGGCACUUAGAGGCACCACCAGGAAGUUUCUGAUGGUAGAAGGAUGUUGGCUGUCCAGAGAGGAUACGAAGCUUCCUGACAAUGGUGGUGGGUCCAGAAGGCUGAACCAGGGAGCCCUGAGGUGCUGCUGAGCUGCAGGGGCUGGAGCUUUUAUUCUCUGGGGCCCAAGCAGCCUCUCUCAGCUCUUCUCCAAGACACUUCCAAGGCCUCAAAUGACCUCAUUGCAUCAGGCCACAACCUUCAGCUUUGAUGCAAAGUCCCGGCUCCUUCAUUUCCUCUCAACCCUUGCACUGGAUUCUGGGGCUAGGGCCAGGGAAGUCAGUUGCUGCCAUUUUUGAAUCUUUGAGAGCUGAAGCUCUAAUUGAAGACAUGUUGGGUGGGGGAAGAGCAAUUGGUUCUCCAUGUCUAAGAUGCCGUGUCUUGUCACAGCCACUGAGGAGACCCAAACUCUAAGCUGCAAGAAAGAUCUGCUCCAAUCUGACUUUGAAAAAAAAAAAUCAGCUCUCUAUACCUGGUGCUUCCCUCCAUAUUUCAGCAUAGGGAUAGAGGACCCAGGCACUCUCUUUACCAGCUUUGCUUAAUACUACUUAUUGCUUCUGAAUCCAAGGUUUUGGGGAUACUGCCUUCUUGAAAAUUAGUCAGUCCCUCUGCAGCUGUUAUGUGAAUUAGUCCCUAGAAUAGUAAUUCCCAAACCUUGUUAUAUUGGUCAAUGGUGUCUCAUUUCUGAACAUGUACAGAAUUCUAAAAAACAAACAACUUUGACUUAAAAAUCUUUUUUAAUGCACACUUGAUGGGGAGGAAUAGAAUUCAUGAAUCAAAUAAAUGAUGAGUGUCAUGACCUCCAAAAGGUUGGGAAUCACUAGUUUAGGGAUUUCCUUCUAUCUGCCUCCAUUCCUAUCCUCAUCUAAUUUCAUGUGACUUCUUUUCAUAAAGUCUUUCAGAUUCUCCCGAUUACACCCACAGAAAAGGGACCCCCAUCUGCUGGAGGAAACCGAGGUCUCCAGUGCCAGAUGGCAUUUGGUGUGUUCAGGGGUGACACUGUUCCCUCACAUAGCCCUGAUUCCCAGCUCCUAGAGAAAUGUCCCCAUCCACAGUCCCUGUUCUUCUCUUAGCUGUAAACUCUGCCUUUCUCCUUUGGCUUUGGGAUGUUUUCCCUUCAAGCUUCCUUAAGGAACCCAGCCCUCAUGGACCCUCCCCCUUGCUUGCUUCUGGUCACAAGCCCCUCUUCUUCAAGGGAAAUAAUUAUAUUGGAGCAGGAAAGGAUUUGAAUCAGAAGACAAAACAGGAGGGUUUUACUUGGGCUGACAUGGCAGCUGGCUGGAGGCUUCCUGGAGAUCAGGGAGGCCAGGAUCUGUCUUCCUCUCUACACCUCCCAGUCUUAGAAUAAAACCCUGUAAAGUCUUCACUCUUGCUUGAGCCUUCCCAAGGUGGAGGGCACGGAGCUACUGUCAUCUUUUCCUGUUUGCUCGAAGGUGGGGACUCUCUCCAAAUCACCUUUGUUCCCUGGUCAUUUGGUCCCUCCGUCUUAUAGCACAAUCCCUGACUUCCCCACCCCCAGGUCUGAGGCUCUGGACCUGAGGUCUCGAGAGGAGCUCCCACCUGCCUAUCACCUAUGUGUGUGUGCGUGUGUGUGGAUGGAUGUGUUUACUCCACUAAGGGGACUCUUCACACUCAGUGUAAAAUAUUUUGGGGACAGGGCUGAUGGGGGUGCAACGACUCAGUCUCUCUUUUCCUUCUAACGGAUCAGACAUAAAGUACAGGCCUUGAUUAGGACCAAAUUUCCGUGCCUGUUGCUAUGGUAUUUAUUUAGAAGUCCGGCGUUAUCCGUCUGAUGGCCCUCUUGUCACUCUAUACAUAAGAAUAUACAGGACGUAUUAUAAAUAUAUAUAUAAAUAUUAUCCUCUGUCCCCGCCCCAGCUUAGGAUGGAGGCCUCUCUGUUGAGCUGUCGUACACCUGCCAUGUGGUGCUGCCAGCAAGCUGUCAGCCCUAGCCCUGUUCAGAUGAACAAAAUCAACAAUAAAGGAAUGAGUAUCAUCA